AUAACACAAAACAAAAAUACAAAGAAAGAAGAAAAGAAACAGUCAGAGUUGGAAAAUGGAUAGGAAGUUCGCAGCCACCAUUUUGCUGCUAUUCUUUGUCAUCACCACCUAUAGUAAGAUGAUAAUGAAAGUGGAAGCCGGGGAUGAUGAUAAGAAGGACAAAUGCUACAAAGUAUGGGAGGAAUACAAAGGGGGUUGCAAAGAACCUAAAGAUAAAGAGUGUGAAGAUGGAUGCAAGAAAGAAGGUUGGGAGAAGAGCACUUGCAUCAAAGACAAAGAAAAGAAAGAAGGUUAUUGCAUUUGUUACAAGGAUGGAUGUACUGAGGAAUAAGAGAUAUAAUUUUUUUUUUAUUUUUCGACUUGACUUAAUAAAAGGACAUUUUUGAAUCUACCA